AUGUCAUUGGCUAAAAUCACUUUAAAAACUGAUAAUAGUUCCAGGAAUGAAAUACCAGUUAAUAAUACAGAAAAUGAAAUUGAAACUAGUGAUGUUAAAACAAAAUUGGCUGAAAAUCGUUUGUUGAAUUUGUUUACGGUUAUAAAUUUUGAUAAUGACGCUUGCUAUGUUGAUAAUGCGUAUGGAUCAUUUAAUGGAACUUGUUAUCAUCCAGCAGAAUGCCAACAUUUAGGUGGAAAAUCGAUUGGGAAAUGUCGCCAUCCUUACGGAGUUUGUUGUAUUUUUCAAUAUUCCUGUGGUGAUGUUGCUUCCAACGCCUUAAGCUAUUUUAUAAAUCCAAAAUAUCCAAAACCAUCAAAUGAGAAAUACACGUGCAGUUUUGUAUUAGAGAAAACUGACUCAGAUAUUGUACAAGUUCGGGUAGAUUUUGAUAUAUUAGAGAUUUCACCACCUGUGAAUGGAACUUGUAGCGAUGAUCAACUGAUUAUAUCUGGCCAGAAUGUUAAUGAUAUUAUACCGAUUAUUUGUGGUAUUAAUAAUGGACAACAUAUAUACUUAGAUGUAAUGGACUCAAGUUCACCAUUAAUGUUUACGGUGAUAUCUAAUUCAGAGCAUGAAACACAAUUUCGUAUUAAAUUAACACAACUUUCUAGAAAACGUUGGUGUCCAGCGUUAAAUUGUUUACAAUAUUUUACGGAUGUUAAUGGAACAUUUGAAACAUUUAAUUAUAAGGAAAGUGGAACUGUUAUUUAUCGAAACAUGCCUGGGUAUUUGAAUAAUUUAAACUAUGCAGUUUGUAUCAAAAAAGCUCCAGGAUAUUGUACAAUCACAUAUACAAAUAUUGAUGAAAAUGGUUUUGAGUAUCCAUUUCAGUUAGUUAAUUUGGAUGAAGAUGGGGGAGUAAUUUUUCCACCAGGACAAGCUGGCGCAGAAAUUUUUAAUUGUCCAGAUGAUUUUGUGAUUGUAAAUGGUAUUCGAUUAUGUGGUGAUCGUUUUAAUGAUGGUUCAAUUACAUCCGAUUUUCGGAUAAAUGCUCCAGUAACAGAUUAUACAGCUGGACCAUUUGUUUUUCCUGUACGUACAAAUCAGCAGACAAAUGGUCGUGGAUUUAAAUUAUUCUAUCGUCAAAAUAAAUGCACUAAUUAA